AUGGGCUCCCUCACCGACAUCAUGAACACCGACGACUCCACCCCCCCGACAACCAUCCCCAACGACAAGGAGGACGACAACAACAACAACAACAACAACAACAACAGCAACACCAUGAACCCCCACCACCACCAACCCUCCUCACUCCCCUCCUCACCCCCCACCUGGCCCACCACCUCCACCACAACCCUCACCCAGAUCCGCACCGGCAAGGUCCGCACCGUCCCGGGAACCUCCAUCCCCUCUGCCAUCGCCAAGCGGCCCCACCGGCGACCCACCCCCGUCCGCGUCUCGGCGCUCGGCCUCGCCGGCGACGAGCAGGCCUUCCACAAGCACGGCGGGCCCGACAAGGCCGUCCUGCAGUACUGCCCCGCGCACUACCGCGCCUGGCGCGCCGAGCUCGCCGGGAAGCUUCUGCGUGGGAAUGGGAAUGAGGAUGAGGGUGAGGAUGAGAGUGAUGAACACGCGUCGGCGCUGGCGCUGUUCCGGCCUGGCGGGUUUGGCGAGAAUUUCGUUGCGGAGGAGGGGGAUGGGAUGGAUGAGGGGAGCGUUUGCGUGGGGGAUGUGGUGGAGGUGGGUGGGGGAUCGGAGGGAGGAGGGGGAGAGGGAAGGGAAGGAGGAGGAGGAAGGGGAGGAAAUGGGGCGACGCAGACGCUGCUGCUGCAGGUCAGCCUCCCCCGCGCGCCGUGCUACAAGCUCAACCACCGGUUCCGGGUCGACGGCAUGGCGCGGCUGGCGCAGGAGACGGGGCGCACCGGCUGGUAUUACCGCGUGCUGCGCGAGGGCGAGGUGAGGGUCGGGGACCGGAUGAGGCUGGUGGAGCGGCCGUGUCCGCGGUGGAGCGUGAGGCGGGUGCAGGAGAUUCUGCAUGCGGACAAGAAGAACGAGGGCGCGGUGAGGGAGCUGGCCGGGCUGGAGGAGCUGGGGGAGGAGUUCAGGGCGUUGUUCAGGAAUCGGUUGAGGAAGGGGUUUGGGGACAUGGGGGCCGAGAACGAGGAGGGGAGGCUGUGGGGGAGUGAGAAGGAGCGGCUGGAGGUGUGGAGGAGGUUCAGGGUCACGGCGAAGCGGAGGGAGACGGCGGCGGUGGCGUCGUUUGUGUUCGAGGCGCUGGAGCCCGCAGAGGGGGAGGAGCCGCCGCCGCCGCCGCCGCCGCCCCGGAUGGUGAAGCCCGGGUCGCACGUCCGGAUCAAGCUGCGGGAGCUCGUCCGCUCGUACUCGGUCGUGGGCGGGACCAGCGACUGCCUGGAGAUCGGCGUCGCGCUCGACGACAGCAGCCGCGGCGGCUCGCGAUACCUGCACGACCGCGUCUCCGUCGGCGACUGCCUCGAGCUCAGCGGCGUCAACGAGAGCUUCCCGCUCCACGCGCAGGCGCAGAAGCACGUCCUGAUCGCCGGCGGCAUCGGCAUCACCGCCUUCAUCCCCGCCGCCCGCACGCUGGCGUCGCAGUGCAUCCCGUGGGAGCUCCACCUCUGCGUCCGCUCCGAAGACGACGUCCCGUUCCGCCGGUACCUGGAGCCGCUCGGAAAACACCUCGUCGUCUACAGCAAGGCCGACGACAACCGCUUGAACGUCAGGAAGCUCGUCGCUUCCCAGACGGCUGGCACGCAUGUUUACUGCUGCGGGCCGGAGCGGAUGAUGGACGCCGUGACGGAGGCGGCCGAGAGCCUGAAUUUCCCAAAGGAAAACGUACACUUCGAGGCCUUCACUGCGAAUCUGACCGGCGACCCUUUUUCGGUGGGCUUGACCAAGAGCGGGAGGUGCUUGGAUGUCCCGGCAAACGACACGUUGCUGGAUGUGCUGCGGGAGUCCGGAUUCGACGUGCCGUCGAGCUGCGAGGUGGGGAACUGUGCGACGUGUGUAGUGAAGCUGGUUAGCGGGAGGGUGGACCACAGGGGCACUGCGUUGCAGGAAGACGAAAAGCGCGGAAACAUGCUCUCCUGCGUUUCGAGGGGAGUGGCAAAGAUUGAAAUCGAGCUGUAG